CCUUUCAUUGGCCAAUACAAGCGGUUCUCGUGUUCCCCGACAGCCCAGCGAAUAACCAACUAACGAUGACAGGCAAACUCCUACUGGCCACGAUCCUGUGCCUGAUGGGCGGCAGCGCCUUGGGCGACGACGUCCUGGAGGGCACCUACAAUGUGACGGCCUUCUGCACGGCGGUGAAGACCGGCACCCAGCUGGGCAGCAUCGAGUCCUGCCAGACCUACUAUGUCUGCACCUCGACCGGACCCCAGAAGAGCUCCUGCCAAGACGGCUACUCCUACGACUUGGCCAAAAGCAGCUGCUACCCCUCCAGCCAGGUGAAUUGCUACUGGGGCCUUGACAAUCCCUGUACCGGAAGGGACAAGGUCUGGGUCCCGAACACCUCCGUCUGCGGCGGAUACUACUACUGCACUGAGGGCACGUGUUCGCCGGCCAAGAAGUGUGCCACCAACCAGGUGUUCGACUCCACCACCCAGGCCUGCAAGUGGGGAUCCUGCAACGGGGCUGACUCCACGGCAACCGAAGGCACCGUCCUCUCCACUCCCUGCGAUGUGGUGCCCCCUGGCAUCUGGUUCGGCGACACCGAGGCAUGCGACAUCUGGUACAAAUGCGAGUCCUCUUCCACCGGAGUCACACUAAAGAACGGUGUUUGCGGAACAGCAAUGCCCGCAUUCAAUCCUCAAGCCCAGAACUGCGGCUAUAAAACCGCUGCCAUAUGCAGCCGAGUCACUGGCAACCCGAUAAGCAACGUGGCAACGUCCUGCACGACGGCCGAUUCUAAGAAGGCCGAUCCCCUCGUUUGUAACCAGUAUUCGGAGUGUGUGAGUGGCACGUGGACCAAGUUGGCCUGCGCCACCGGGUACUACUACGAUGUGAACGGCAAGAAGUGCGUGCUCCGCCAGGAUGCCACUCCAGUUGCAACCUGCAACCGUUGCCUGUUCGCCCAAACGAUGUUUGUGAACGCCGUCGAUUCGGACAACUGCAGCAAAUAUUUGUACUGCCCCGAAAAAGGCGACCCCACCGAGACCCCCUGCCCCGAAGAUCACUACUUCAACGAGUCCCUAUCAGGCUGUGCCCCCGAUUCCGGUCUGAAGGAAUAUGUGGGGUCCAACGGAGCCUGCCUGGGAGCCUCCGUGGAUGGUGCGACCACUGAAGCCGACGAGGCUACCACUGCUGAUCCCAAAGAGUAGGCCCAAUGCAACCCACCACAGGACCCUCUGCAAACAAGAUUCUACGUUCUUACCAUCUAGUAUUCCGCUUAUAUAAAAGGCAAUAAAAUUACGAUCGCAAGCAA